GAACAAAAUGUAGAUAAAUUGUACGAGAAAGCAUUUUUACGACUUCUUAUUAAUCCAACUGAUGCUGAAUCUAUGAACAUCUCGAAUGAAAUAGAAAAUUUGGAGGUUUUGCUAGACACAGGUUUGAGAAGUUACAAUAGGAUUUUUGAUGAAAAAUCAGUAGAUUCUGAAUUGGAGGACUUGCUAGAUUCGGAUAAAUCACCACAACACCAUGUUGAUUACACUGAUACUGAUUACACUGAUAUUGAUGCU